UAUACUGCAUAUAUAUAUAUAAACUCAGCAAAAAAAGAAAUGUCCUCUCACUGUCAAUUGCGUUUAUUUUCAGCAAACUUAACAUGUGUAAAUAUUUGUAUGAACAUAACAAGAUUCAACAACUGAGACAUAAACUGAACCAGUUCCACAGAAAUUUGACUAACAGAAAUGGAAUAAUCAAAAUCAAUGGUCAAAAUCAAAAGUAACAGUCAGUAUCUGGUGUGGCCAUCAACUGCAUUAAGUACUGCAGUGCGUCUCCUCCUCAUGGACGGCACCAGAUUUGCCAGUUCUUGCUGUACCUUGUUACCCCACUCUUCCACCUAGGUACCUGCAAGUUCCCAGACAUUUCUGGGGGUAAUGGCCCUAGCUCUCACCCUCCGAUACAACAGGUCCCAGAUGUGCUCAAUGGGAUUGAGAUCCGGGCUCUUCGCUGACCAUGGCAGAACACUGAUAUUCCUGUCUUGCAGGAAAUCAUGUACAGAACGAGCAGUAUGGCUGGUGGCAUUGUCAUGCUGGAGGGUCAUGUCAGGAUGAGCCUGCAGGAAGUGUACCACAUGAGGGAGGAGGAUGUCUUCCCUGUAAAACACAGCGUUGAGACUGCCUGCAAUGACAACAAGCUUAGUCCUAUGAUGCUGUGACACACUGCAUCAGACCAUGACGGACCCUCCACUUCCAAAUCGAUAUCGCUCCAGAGUACAGGCCUCGGUGUAACGCUCAUUCCUUCAACGAUAAACGUAAAUCUGACCAUCACCCCUGGUGAGACGAAACCGCGACUCGUCAGUGAAGAGCACUUUUUGGCAGUCCUUUCUGGUCCAGCGACGGUGGGUUUGUGCCCAUAGGCGACGCUGUUGCCGGUGAUGUCUAAUGAGGACCUGCCUUACAACAGGCCUAGAAGCCCUCAGUUCAGCCUCUCAGCUUAUUGCGGAAAGUCUGAGCACUGAUGUAGGGAUUGUGCGUGAGAAACAUGGGAAACAGUGUUUAAACCCUUUACAAUGAAGAUCUGUGAAGUUGCUUGGCUUUUUACGAAUUAUCUUUGAAAGACAGGGUCCUUUUUUUUGCUGAGUUUAUAUAUAUAUAUUUAUAUAUUUACAAAUUCACCACAUUCAUAAUUUUACAUGGGAAUCAAAAAGCUUUCAUUAAUGUUCACCAUGUGCUGAUGUGCUCAGCACUGUCAACAGACCCCAUUAUGACAUCACAAUGUAACGGAAGCCUUGCCAUGAUAUCAUUGCUGGUUCCAUCUGACAAGCAAAAUUUCAUUUCAUGAUAGAUCUCUCACAGAGAUAGGUUAAGUUCUUAUUUUGAGAGUGUUAAUAUUUAUCAUCAAUGGCUUAUCGAGGGAGAAAAUCAAGUGAGUUUAACAAACUCCAGAAGGAGAACUCACAGAUGAAGAGCGUCAUCGAAAACCUGAGGAAGCAAAACAUGGCUUUAAACCAACAGGAUGACCAGGACAAGUUUUCAAGUUUUGGCUAUCAGGAGAGCUACCCAAUCGCAGAGGGCCAUUGUGGCUUCAUCAGUGAUGCCAGACUUCUGCAGAUGCAGAGAGCUGAGAGAGAGGCCAUGGAAGCAAAGCAAAGAAAGAUAAGUGCUAUCCAUGAGAAUUAUGUCCGGACUGCUCUCAUCGGGGUUGGCAGCACCUUCGCGCACCACUUCGUCCCCUCUAUUCAGUGCAUUCCGCGGCCGAAAGCUCCACCGAGGCCUUUGCCACGAAGGCUUGAGCACAUAGCUCUGGCCCCACUGAAGAACAUGGUGGGGGUGGACGGAGCCCAAGUUCGACCCGGAUCUCACUCUCUGGAGUCCAUCCAGGUAAAUAAGUCAUUCAGCAGCAGUAGCGUGUGGCCUGUUCCCGUCCCUCCCACUGCAGCUCCCUCCAAGAGGGGCAAGAAGAAGAAGGGCAGGCGGGGAGUCAAAGCCCUGAUAGUCCAGUCGGACCAGGGCUGUGCUGACAACAACGGACCCAUUGACCUGAUGGAGGAGGUGAGAGACAUCGAGGCUCACCUGAAGGAGGAGGACUGGAAGGGGGUACAUGAGGUGAAGGCCAUGGGCAGGAGAAGUUUGGGCUCGGACAUGUCCACGGGGGAAAUAGCAACCAGCUCUCUGGGAAGCCUGAGCUCAGUGGAUAUGAACUCCCCUGCGGAGCUCCGUGACUACUUGGAUGUCGGGACCCCGGUCAAGUCGCUUGACAGCCCACCCAGGCCUGCUCCCCCUCCUACCAAGCCCAGGAGCAAACAGCCUCAGCCUAUAAGGUUCCUUAGCCUGCCAAAGGCUGCCACCGGCUCAGACAAGAUGGCAGCCAGUAAGCCAAAGGGUCAAAUUAAGAACCAGGCCAGAUUGCAGCCCCUGUCCAACCCAGAGCAGGCCCUGACUAAGACCUUCAAGCUGCUCCACUCUGCCUCUGAUGACUGGGAGAAGAAGAUUGAGGGCUUGACCUUUCUCCGUGUGAUGGCUCAGAACCACAUGGACAUACUGAUGCCUAAACUCCAUGAUAUCUGCCUUGCCAUUAUAAAUGAGGUGAAGAACCUGCGCUCUGCAGUGUCCUGUGCUGCCAUGGCCACACUGGGUGACAUGUACGUCCACCUCCAGAGGGUCAUGGACAGUGAGGUGGAGGGGACGGCACGCGUGCUGCUGCACAAAGCCAGCGAGGCCAACGCCUUCAUCCGGCAGGGCGCCAACUUUGCCCUGGGUCACAUGGUGCAGAGCUGCACCCCUACACGUGUCAUGAAUGCCCUGCUGGUCGGUGGGCUGAGCCACCGUAACGCUGCGGUGAGGAGCUGCACUGCUCAGCACCUGGAGAGACUGGCUGAGGUCAUGGGGACGGCUCGUCUCCUGUCGGGGAAGAAAGACCUCACUGACCGUUUCUUGAUUGCCGUCAGUAAACUGGCUGUGGACCCUGCACAGGAAGUCAGGCAUCAUGGUCGCAAUAUCUUGAGCAACAUGGCCACCAAUGGCGACUUUCCUAAAAUGUGGGACAAAUUCGCUCCGAGGAAAGAGAGAGAAUCCUUGAGGGAGGUCAUCUCAAAGGUUAACCUCAAAGAAAGGAAUAUCUGAAUCAUCCCCAACUUGACUAUAUAUUUGUAUGUAAAUAUGUGCACAUUUCCCAACUUGACUAUUAUCCCCUCCAGUCCCCAAACUCCAAUAUUUUCUCUCAUUCUAAGAAAUUUGACACUAUCAUCCAACCCCCAUGUAAAUGCAUCUUUAAACUGCAUUGACUCCUUGUCCAAGUCCUGAAUCCACUAUAGGGCCAUAUGAACCACAUUCAAAGCACUAAAUUACCUUUCCUCUAAGCUCCUAUCUGAUCUACCAGCUCAAUAGUGGUCUACUGAAACCAUACUCACCAUCUCGGGGUGCUCAGAUCAUCAACCACUGACCUCCACACCAUCCUCAAAAACAGCAGUCCUCUUUUGGAGACAGAUUGGUCAGUGCUCCUGUAUGGCACCAACAUUGUGGAUUUUCAUCCAAUACUACUGGACUAUGGGAACAUUCUUUGGACAAUAAAAUUAGGUCAAAUGGAAGCUGGCUACAGUCUCAGUUUUAUCCUGCAAGACAGUGUGAGGAUGUGUAACAACAAUACCUGUGGUUUAACUUGAUGAUCAGGGCCAGAUUACCGAAUAGGCACGCAGGGCACCUGCCCUGUGGGCCCCGACCUCCAGGGAAUAUCAUCAUAACAUCCAAAAGUAAAAGAAUUGUGGAUGUAUAUUACAGUACGUGGACGUUUUACAAUUCGUGAGCUCGUUUCAUAGUUUGUAGCCAUGUUAUAUAUACAUUUGUGCAUAUUUUGUAGAAAUUCCUGAGCAUUUAAACAUUUUUAGUGGGGAUGUUGUAUAUCAAUUUUCUUACUGGUGCUCUUCCAUACCGUCCUUAGGAGGGGUGCAUCACUUGAGUAGCUUGAGUCACUGACGUGAUCUUCCUGUCUGGGUUGGCGCGCCCUUUUGGGUUGUGCCGUGGCGGAGAUCUUUGUGGGCUAUACUUGGCCUUGUCUCAGGAUGGUAAGUAUCUGAUGAUACCCCCGGACAGGGCCAAACAGGAAGGAUAUAACCCCACCCACUUUGCCAAAGCACAGCCCCCACACCACUAGAGGGAUAUCUUCAACCACCAACUUACCAUCCUGAGACAAGGCUGAGUAUAGCCCACAAAGAUCUCCGCCAUGGCACAACCCAAGGGGGGGCGCCAACCCAGACAGGAUGACCACAUCAGUGAACCAACCCACUCAGGUGACGCACCCCUUCCAGGGACGGCAUGAGAGAGCCCCAGUAAGCCAGUGACUCAGCCCCUGUAAUAGGGUUAGAGGCAGAGAAUCCCAGUGGAAAGAGGGGAACCGGCCAGGCAGAGACAGCAAGGGCGGUUCGUUGCUCCAGAGCCUUUCCGUUCACCUUCCCACUCCUGGGCCAGACUACACUCAAUCAUAUGACCCACUGAAGAGAUGAGUCUUCAGUAAAGACUUAAAGGUUGAGACCGAGUUUGCGUCUCUGACAUGGGUAGGCAGACCGUUCCAUAAAAAUGGAGCUCUAUAGGAGAAAGCCCUGCCUCCAGCUGUUUGCUUAGAAAUUCUAGGGACAAUUAGGAGGUCUGCGUCUUGUGACCGUAGCGUACGUGUAGGUAUGCACGGCAGGACCAAAUCAGAGAGAUAGGUAGGAGCAAGCCCAUGUAAAGCUUUGUAGGUUAGCAGUAAAACCUUGAAAUCAGCCCUUGCUUUGACAGGAAGCCAGUGUAGAGAGGCUAGCACUAGAGUAAUAUGAUCCAUUUUUUUGGUUCUAGUCAGGAUUCUAGCAGCCGUAUUUAGCACUAACUGAAGUUUAUUUAGUGCUUUAUCCGGGUAGCCAGAAAGUAGAGCAUUGCAGUUGUCUAACCUAGAAGUGACAAAAGCAUGGAUUCAUUUUUCUGCAUCAUUUUUGGACAGAAAGUUUCUGAUUUUUGCAAUGUUACGUAGAUGGAAAAAAGCUGUCCUUGAAAUGGUCUUGAUAUGUUCUUCAAAAGAGAGAUCAGGGUCCAGAGUAACGCCAAGGUCCUUCACAGUUUUAUUUGAGACGGCUGUACAACCAUUAAGAUUAAUUGUCAGAUUCAACAGAAGAUCUCUUUGUUUCUUGGGACCUAGAACAAGCAUCUCUGUUUUGUCCGAGUUUAAAAGUAGAACGUUUGCAGCCAUCCACUUCCUUAUGUCUGAAACACAUGCUUCUAGCAAGGGCAAUUUUGGGGCUUCACCAUGUUUCAUUGAAAUGUACAGCUGUGUGUCAUCCGCAUAUCAGUGAAAGUUAACAUUAUGUUUUCGAAUAACAUCCCCAAGAGGUAAAAUAUAUAGUGAAAACAAUAGUGGUCCUAAAACGGAACUUUGAGGAACACCGAAAUUUACAGUUGAUUUGUCAGAGGACAAACCAUUCACAGAGACAAACUGAUAUCUUUCCGACAGAUAAGAUCUAAACCAGGCCAGAACUUGUCCGUGUAGACCAAUUUGGGUUUCCAAUCUCUCCAAAAGAAUGUGGUGAUCGAUGGUAUCAAAAGCAGCACUAAGGUCUAGGAGCACGAGGACAGAUGCAGAGCCUCGGUCCGAUGCCAUU